AUGGACGCAUGCGCCGGCACCCCGCUCACCCCAUCCUAUAGCCGCGACCCCUCCACCGCCGCCGCCGCCGCAAACCCUAGCCCGGGUGGCGUUGGCCUCGCCUCCGCCGGAGCUCCUCCGACCAUCGGCCUCGCGCACGGCCUCUUCAUGCCGCCGCGGAUGACCUCGGCGGCGGGUGGCGUCGCACCGGCGCCGGCCCGAGCCGCCGCCCCCUCCUCAACGCUCCCCAAUGCGGCGCGGCCAAAGAAGGGCAAGACAUCGGCGAAGAAAAACAAGGCGGCGGACGGCUCCGGCACCUCAAAGGCGAGGAGGAAGAAGCUUGCAGGGCGUGCGACAGGCGCGGCGGCUACCGAAGCGCCAGCGAGCUCACUCGUUGAGCCGGCGGCGGACGCGCACAACAUGUUCGACGAAAUGCCCCUAAGUCUUAAUGAUGAUGCAUACAUGUCAACGAUGGGUGUUGGCUCCAACAAUUCGCAUUGGUCUCAAACCAAUGACAUGCAUUUCGAAGACCAUGAGUUCGAGGUGGACGAGGAGGGUGAGUGCAUUGUCGACGCACCGAAAGGAAGAGCGGGCAAUUACACCAACGUCGAUGACAUCUUACUAUGCAAUACUUGGUUGCAAGUGUCAAGGGAUCCAUCCGUUGGAGGUGAUCAAAGUAGAGAUGCCGUUGAAGAUCUUGCCAACACCGUCGGAGCUUCACGUGAUGCGGUGCGCGAUGAGGAGAGGGAGGAAGAUUUAUCUUCGGAGGCGGAAGAAUCGUCUUCCGAAGAUGAGGACGAGGACGAAGACGAGGACGAGGAAUGA